AAUUCAAAUAAGUGUAUCUGGAAUUCUCUCCAUAGAAAUGGUAUAGACGUAAAGUAUAGCUAAACCGCACAAUCUACCCCCCACCCCACCCCACCCCUCUUCCCCUGCCAGUCCAUAAAUACAGUAAAAUAGCAAUCUUCUUCUUUCUUUCCCAGACGCACUACUCUAUUCUGAUCGGUGACUGUUAAAUCUUUGGUUUUGGACAUCUUCUUUUUCUCUAUCAUUCUUCUGUAACAAAGAUGUCAGGGCCUCAGUGCUGUGAGAAUCCACCAACUUUGAGCUCAAGCAGCGGAGUUGGGUCAGUUUUAGAGUUUGGGGGCCUCAAAACCUAUGUCUCCGGUUCUUCCAACUCCAAAUACGCCAUCCUCCUCGUCUCCGACAUUUUUGGUUAUGAAGCACCAAACCUAAGGAAGCUUGCUGACAAAGUUGCAGCUGUGGGAUACUAUGUUGUGGUUCCUGAUUUUCUUUAUGGGGAUCCUUAUAAUCCUGAAACUACGGAGAAGCCUUUAUCAAUCUGGCUACAAUCACAUGGAGUAGACAAAGGAUUUGAAGAUGCAAAGCAAGUUGUUGCAGCUUUAAAAGAUAAAGGCAUAUCUGCAAUUGGAGCUGCAGGGUUUUGUUGGGGUGCCAAGGUGGUUGUUCAACUAGCUAAGUCUGACGACAUUCAAGCGGCAGUGUUAUUGCACCCAUCAUUUGUCACUGUGGAUGAUAUUAAGGAGGUGAAGGCACCAAUAGCUAUUUUAGGAGCUGAGAUAGAUAAAAUGUCUCCUCCUGAGCUUAUUAAGCAGUUUGAGGAGAUUUUAUCAUCAAAACCUGAGGUGGACAACUUUGUGAAAAUUUAUCCUGGUGUCGCCCACGGAUGGACUGUGAGAUACGAUGUGGAAGACAAGAAGGCUGUGGAGAGUGCUGAAGAAGCCCAUCGGGACAUGUUGGAGUGGUUUACCAAGCAUGUCAAGUGAGUGCAAAGAACCCCAGCUGUUUGCAGUUUGCAAGUUUCCAGUUAAAAGUCUGAAUGUCGACCAUCAUCAUCAUAGUUAUGGAGCUAAUUAUUGAUAGACCUUAUAUUGUAUUUCAUAUUUGAAGAAUAAUAUCGUGCUAUGGUCAUGUGAAAUGUACUGUUUGGUCCAUUAUGCAUUAAGCCUGAGAAUGAUCUAAGCAACACAUUUCUGCUA